GGGCUGCGUACGUGCGUGCGUGCCCACGCUGCGUCGGGAGCGCGCGCGGCGGUCCCGGAAGUGCGGGACGGCGCAGCAGCAGCAGUAGGAGCCGCCUUGGGCCGCGCUCCGCUCCCCUCCCCUCAGCUCCCCCCCCGCCUCCCCGAGCCACCCGGCCAUGACGAACUUCAUCUCGGUGCAGCUGAAGAAGGCCUCGGAGGUGGACUUGGCCAAGCCGCUGUGCAAGUUCAUCCAGCAGAGCUACCCGGGCGGCGACGCCCAGGCCGAGCACUGCCGUGCCGCCGAGGAGCUCAGUAAGCUCCGCAAGAGCGCGCUGGGCCGCCCGCUCGACAAGCACGAUGCCUGCCUCGACACCCUCCUCAGAUAUUAUGAUCAGCUGUGUUCAAUUGAACCAAAGUUUCCAUUCUCUGAAAAUCAGGUCUGUGUAACGUUUACGUGGAAAGAUGCUUUUGAUAAAGGAUCGCUUUUUGGAGGCUCUGUCAAACUGGCUCUGGCGAGUUUGGGGUAUGAGAAGACUUGUGUUUUGUUCAACUGUGGAGCGUUGGCAAGCCAGAUUGCAGCAGAACAGAAUCUAGAUAAUGAUGAGGGACUGAAAGCUGCAGCCAAACACUAUCAGUUUGCAAGUGGUGCUUUCCAACACAUUAAAGACACUGUUCUGUCAGCAUUGAAUCGAGAACCUACAGUGGACAUCUCUCCAGACACAGUUGGAACUCUCAGUCUUAUUAUGUUGGCUCAAGCCCAAGAAGUGUUUUUUUUGAAAGCAACAAGAGAUAAAAUGAAAGACGGUAUCAUAGCUAAACUAGCUAAUCAAGCUGCAGAUUAUUAUGGCGAUGCUUACAAACAAUGUCAAUAUAAAGAUACUCUGCCCAAGGAGGUGUUUCCUGUUCUGGCUGCAAAGCACUGCAUUAUGCAGGCCAAUGCAGAAUACCAUCAAUCUAUCCUGGCGAAACAGCAGAAGAAAUUUGGUGAAGAGAUUGGGAGGUUACAGCAUGCAGCAGACUUGGUUAAAACAGUGGUAUCUCGUUAUGAUGAAUACAUAAAUGUUAAAGAUUUGGUUGACAAAAUCAACCGUGCACUUACAGCUGCCAAAAAAGACAAUGACUUCAUUUAUCAUGACCGUGUUCCUGAUCUGAAAGACUUGGAGCCCAUUGGAAAAGCUAGCCUUGUGAAGUCUACUCCAGUUGUUGUUCCCCUCAGUCAGAAAUUCAUGGACCUGUUUGAGAAGAUGGUUCCAUUGCAAGUUCAGCAUUCUGUGAGUGUUUAUAACCAGAGAAAGGCAGAUCUAGUAAACAGGCUAAUAGCCCAGAUGAGAGAAGCCACAACUUUGGCAAAUGGUGUGUUGGCUUCCCUCAAUCUUCCGGCUGCUAUUGAAGAUGUUUCUGGUGAUACUGUUCCUCAGUCCAUUUUGAACAAGUCCAAGUCUGUGAUUGAACAGGGAGGAAUUCAGACUGUUGAUCAGCUGAUCAAAGAUUUGCCUGAGCUGCUACAAAGGAACAAAGAAAUCUUAGAUGAAUCCCUACGUUUGUUAGAUGAAGAAGAAACUACAGAUGAUGAACUCCGAACAAAAUUCAAAGAACGCUGGCAGCGAACACCAUCCAUUGAACUCUAUAAGCCUUUAAGGGCAGAGGGAGCCAAUUUCCAUUGUAUCUUGAAUAAAGCUGUGCAAGCAGAUGGGCAAGUUAGAGAAUGCUAUCAGUCCCACCGGGAUACAAUUGCACUUCUGUGUAAGCCAGAGGCAGAGCUCAAUGCAGCUAUUCCUUCUGCUAACCCAGCAAAAACAUUACAAGGAAGUGAGGUCGUUAAUGUCUUAAGAACUUUGCUGGCUGGUUUGGAUGAAGUUAAAAAGGAGAGAGAACAACUGGAAGAUGACAUGAAAGCUGUAAAUUUUGACAUGACGAGCAAAUUCCUGGCUGCACUUGCACAAGAUGGUGCUAUAAAUGAGGAGGCUAUCUCUGUGACUGAGUUGGACAGAGUUUAUGGAAGUUACACACAGAAAGUGCAGGAGUCCUUGAAAAAGCAGGAAGAACUUCUCAAAAACAUUCAGAAUGCACAUCAAGAUUUUUCAAAGAUGAAACAGUCAAACAAUGAAUCUAAUUUAAGAGAAGAAGUUUUGAAGAACUUAGCUGUGGCAAAUGACAAAUUUGUGGAACUUGUAGCCAAUUUAAAAGAAGGCACAAAGUUUUACAAUGAGCUGACAGAAAUCCUUCUGAAAUUCCAAAACAAAUGCAGUGACAUUGUCUUUGCUCGCAAGACUGAAAGAGAUGAACUGCUCAAAGAUUUGCAGCAAAGCAUUGCUAGGGAGCCCAGUGCACCCUCUAUUCCUCUGCCUACAUAUCAGACCACACCGUCUGGAGGAAGUAAGCCUGCUGCAUCAUCAACUCCCACUCCAGCACCCAGAACCAUGGUGGGUGCUAAACCACAGCCACCAGCACGGCCGCCACCACCGGUGAUUUCUGCGGCAAGCAGUUCUCCUUCUGCAUCAGCACCAUCUGGACCAGCUGCAGCUCCUGCUGUUGCUCCUGCUCCAGGAGUCGGUGCAUCAAGCACUGCACCAUCACAGGCACAGGGACCUCCUUACCCAACUUAUCCAGGUUUCCCAGGGUAUUGCCAGAUGCCGAUGCCAGUAGGCUAUAAUCCAUACAUGUAUGGCCAGUAUAAUCUGCCAUAUGUGCCAUCACCUGUCUUUCAGAACCCUGGACAACCACCAUAUCCAACACCUCAACAACCUGGAUACCCUUUUCCUCAACAGCCUUAUUACCCUCAGCAAUAAUAGAUCUGCACAGAAGCUCUGCUUGUUAAAAAUUUGGGAGAAAAUUGCAAUAAGGAUACUAAAACUUCAGCUUCAGUUAAUGUACGAUACUGAACUGUAGGCAGUCUAUAACUCUUGUUCAUUGUUAACUGCUCAAAAAUAUCUAGAUCAGUUUUUGAUUACAUGAAACACUCAAAGAUCUGUGGCAGCAGUACAGACUGUAGAGUAAUGCCAGAACUAGAACCUAAUUCAGUGGUUUGAAAUUGCACACUACAUGUUGGCUAGACCAAAACGUUUCUUUGCAAAAAUCCUAUAAAAAUGGAUUAGAUGAGAAAAAUGGAACAGUGCUUGCACUGGGUGUUAUAUAUUCUAUGGAACUACAUAGCAUUUCCUUCUGUACUCUUACUGGUUUGUAUCUUUUGAGUUUAAUUAAAAUAAGCUAUUUUGUCUAAUAAUCAAGGCCUUGUAAAUCAUCAGUAAAAAAUAAAUUACGUAAGAAUGGUUUAAA